AUAUACAUCUAGGGUUAGGGCUUGGUCAUUGCCACCACAAAGCCAUAAGCUCUUAUUGCUUCUCUCUCUCUCUCUCUCUCUCUCUCUCUCUCACUAACUUCCCCACCAACUUCUAAUCACUUCAUCUUUUGAUUCUGAGUCAAAAACCCGGCCAGUAAAUUUCAUCAAAAUGUCAAAGAGGAUCAUCUAGAGAGAAAUUAAGAGAGCCAAUUAAUAAAGAAGAUCUUGAAUAGCCAGCGAUCUAAUUACAAAAACUUAAAUGAGGAAGCGACAAGUAGUUGUGAGAAGAUCAGAAGAAGGUUCAGCAACUUCAUCUUUCACGAUGAGGAGCGUGAGAUAUGGAGAGUGCCAGAAGAACCAUGCCGCCGGUGUUGGAGGCUAUGCCGUUGAUGGUUGCAGAGAGUUCAUGGCAAGUAACGGAGAGGAGGGCACAACUGCUGCACUCACCUGUGCUGCCUGUGGCUGCCACCGGAACUUCCACAGACGAGAGGUUGAGACUGUCUGCGAGUGCCCUUCACCUUCAGCGAAUGGGGCUUAAUUAAACAAUCAAGCAGCUCAUGAUUUCUGUAAAUGUAAUUGUUAUAAUUAAGUGUGGGUUUGGGAGUGUUGUGUUUGUUUUUCUGGUUUGAUGAUGAUAUGAAAAUAGGUAGACCGCCUACUAUAUAUAUAUACAAGUGUGUGGAUGGAUAAAAAGGUAUAUGUUGAUGUUUGUAUUUCCCAGUUGAUUUAAGUGUGUGCAGCUUAAAAGAAAACAACAAGCAGUUUUGGUGUACUAUCAUAUGAGAUCAGGAUGUGCAUUACAUGAUGAUCAUGAAGCAGUGAAAAGAAAAGGUCAAGUCAAGGUAUAUUUUGAUUAUCCCAAGAACCAAAAACCAAGAACGAACGUUGGAGAAAGCUCCACGAGGCUCUCACAAACACAAGUUCAUUUCUUUGGCAAAUAUACAAUAGAACAUGAGGAAGUUGGAAGUUGGAAGAAAAUUAUGAAAACCAUGUGCAUAUAUUUGUGUUUCUCUUAGAAAUGAUUCCCUUUUGUCAUUUGGUCAUCAAAGGAUCUGAAAAUGGCAAUUGCAGAACUAUACGUGUACAAGGUUUUCUUUUUCUCUUCUUUUUCCUUUUUGAUGUUCGUAGGGUUUGAUGUUGUUUUUUUAUUUUUUUCAUGUGAGUUGUUGUAAUCAAAGUUAGGCCUUGAGAGUAUGGAGAGGGAACAAACGUUCUGGUAUACAUUACAUUGUAUUUGAGUCGAUCGGGUAGAUGUCAAUUCUAUGAUAUGAAAACCUCAAAGCAGUAUGUACGUA